AUCUUUUCGUCAUUGCUUCAAUGCUGUCGGUUUUUGCUUGAUCAUUAACGCGUAAACCACUCAACUGUGCGCAUCGUCAGACGCUGAGCGCGCAGUCGUGAUCUCUCUCGCAAAAACAGUUAUAAGCAGUUAAAUGUUUCUCCUUUUGAGCUUUUCGUUUUAACGCGUUCGCGCUUGUGAAUCACCUGCAAACAUCCUAAGUGUGUGCAUUUUAUUUGCAUAUGUGCGUGUGUGUGUGUGUGUGACAAGUGCUUAAAAAUAAUGACAAUUGUUAUAAACAAUUUUUAAUGGCCGUUUUGGACAGCGCACGAGCAGCAACUGUGCAGAACUUUUUGUGCCUCAAUAACUUUAAUGCCAUGCAACAAAAUGCCCGACCAAAGCGUGUCGGUGCAACAGCAACAACAACAACAACUACAGCAACAGCAACAGUUGCUACUACAACAGCAGCAACAACAACAUCGACACUGCAAACGCCAUCGACAUCGCAUCAAAAGCCGCGAACGCGUCUACGACAACGCCGACGGCGUCACACCAGCAGCAGCUCCAACAGCGCCGAAUCCAGCAGCAGCAAUACGGACAGCGACAGCAGCAGCAGCAACACCAGCAGCACCAACAGCAGCAGCAGUUCCUCCCACCAAAGCCCCGCCCAACCGCUUGCCACCGCCAGCUGCAGCGCUCCCAAGCCCACAGCUUCACCUAGUCCACCCGCCUCACCCGUGCUCGUGCCUGUGGAUCCGCAUGCCUGGACCACCGAUGACAUUGCCAGCUGGGUAAAGUGGCUAACGCGUAAAUUCAACAUUGAACCCGAGCCGGAUAUUGCACGCUUUCCCAAAGAUGGACGUGAACUGUGUGAACUAACACGCGCCGAUUUCUGGGUCUGCGCGGGCUCACGCCAAGGUGGCAUCUUGCUGGCCAAGCACUUUGCCCUCACCCUGUAUCAUGCCACUGGACGCGAGACGAGUCCCAUGCUGAAUGAGAAUGAGCCAAAUCCAUAUCAGCUGCUGAACGCUGCCUCGCACCGAUUGGUCGCCCAGGGCUCUGGUGGGCAAAUACAGUUAUGGCAAUUUCUGUUGGAGCUGCUCGCUGAUUCGUCGAACGCCAAUUGCAUUAGCUGGGAGGGCCAAUCCGGCGAGUUCCGGCUUAUUGAUCCAGAUGAAGUUGCCCGACGCUGGGGCGAGCGUAAAGCCAAACCAAAUAUGAACUAUGAUAAGCUCAGCAGAGCUUUGCGUUAUUACUAUGAUAAGAACAUAAUGACAAAAGUGCAUGGCAAACGUUAUGCGUACAAAUUCGAUUUCCAUGGCCUAAUGGCCGCUUGCCAGGCGCAGGCACAAGGCUGUGACCCGGCCGCCAGCAUGAUAAGUUCCUAUAAGCAUCAUCAGCAUCAUCAUCACCAAGGCAUGACAACGCAGCAUUUGCCACCACAUCUAACGGCGCCACAUUCCCAUGUGCAUUCCAUGCACACGCAUCAGCUGCUGCAUCAAGAGUUGACCUCGCCGGCGUCCAUAUGCUCCAGCCAGGGAUUUCCCUCAUCUUCAACGGGCUCGUCGCCGGGCAAUGUGUUUGCCAGCGCAGCGCCAUAUAAUCCUGUCAGCCAGCCGCCACCGCCGCCGCCGGAGGAAGCUGCGGCCGGCAGCAAUGUCAGCUACGAAGAGCGUACUCCGCCCAGCAGCGCAUUUAAUUGAGAGCAGACUA